CCGCAUCCUGUCUAAAGGCGGACCACAGGCAGGCUGAGUGAAUGCAGGGAGUUACCGCGGGGGGUUCUUUGACCAAAGGAUUAGAGCCCGUUCCCUGCUGUGGCUAGGCCUAGGUUCAAGGACACAGACUAACUGGAGACAAACUAGAUAAGUCAGUAGAGAGGAAAAUACAGGGAAGGCCUAGAUAUUUCUGAUGGUGGUAGUUGGGGGGGACUGAAGAAGUCAGCAAAACCAGGCUCCUAGCAGUUUUAGAAGGGAAUAAAGGGUUUUGUUCUUGGUGUGGUAGGGAGCUCUAGGGGGCUUUUGAGCAGGGAAUGACCUGGGUUGGCUGCUGUUUAGAUAACCGCUGCUUUGGGAGAACCACUCUGUAGUCAGAGCGGAGGCUCCUGCCUCAUCCAUCAAGGGAAGGGAGGGCCUGGAUCUGGGUAGGUCUAGUACAAACAUACCUCAACAUACUUUGAAGUAUGUUUUGGAGUUAAAAUCAAGCUUGCUGAUACAUGAGUAUGGGAAGACAAAGAGAAGCAUGAAGCAUGACUCCUAGACUUCCGGGCUGAACUACUGAUUGGAUGGCCUUGGCACAAAUCAACCAAGCAAGAAUGGAAAAGAGUGGUCUUGGAGAAGAAAAUCAAAUGGUCAUUUGUGGACAUGUGGACAGAGGAUGGCAGCAGACAGGAAUGAACCCUGGAACACUCCACUGGGUGGAGGUAGGGAAGAUGAAGAACCAGCAAAGGAGCUGAGCAGGAGCUGCCAGGGAGGUGGGAGGCAACUAAGAGAGCCGGGGCACUUAGGAGCCAAGGGGAGCAAGCAUCAGACGCGUGCCGAGGAGAUGAGAACAGAGCGUAAACUGCUGGACGGUUGGCAGGUCUCUGAGGACCCUGACAAGGGCACUUUCAUGGGGAGAGGAACGAGCUCAAACAUAGUGGGUAGAAAAGAGAGAGGUGAAGAGCUGGAGAAAGCGUGUGAAGACAACCUUUUAAAAACUGGCAUGUAAUGUAAAUAAGAUGAAUGAACAGCUCUUUAACGGUAUGGCUCUAUACAUGUUAAAAUCUGUAGACACCUGUGUCACCCAGAUCAAGAUAUAGAAUAUCACCAGCCACUCCAGGAGGCCACCUUUUGUCCCCUCCAAUUGCUAUGCCCCAAAGUAACCACCAUUUUUAUUUCUAUCACCAAGGAUACCUUUUGUCUGUUGAAUGUAGACAGAUUUUGAGAGAUUUUGUUGAUGGUUGGGCUCAGAUUUCACAGGCAGAUAAUGUUCUAAUGGGGGUGAGCAGCUGGAGUUCGGGUUUUGUGGGGUAGAAGGCCUUGGGCCCACUUUUCCUGGCAAAGUGGCUGCUGCGGGUACUCUGUCUCCAAGAACUGCAUGACCAAGACUUCCUGGAGCCUUAGUUUCCCUAUCUGAAGCUUGGUCUCUCUCCCCUCACAUCUCCUUCAAGUGGUAGUGAUAAACAGGGAAAUCCACUGGGAGCAGUGAAAAAAUGGAGUUUUCCAGGUCUCUUGAUAACCUAUAGUGUCCAGAGCUCAGUCACCAAGGGCUGGGUGGGGCUAGAAUCUUGGAGGCCAAGGAGUCCUGUGUUUGAACAACAGACCUGGCAACAGGGUGGCCCUGACAAAACACGUCUGCCCUUCUGGAGUCUCCUCUGCUGUCGUAUCUUCAGGCCACUAUGGUGCUGCUCAGGCCCCUGGUGCUUCUUCUUGCUUUGGUUGUCUCUGACCUCUACUGCCUGUCCUGGUUCGUAGAUGUCUCUGAGAGCCAGGGACCUGGUGCCAUCCUCCAGUCUUUCUCCCUCAACUGCUCUUCAAACAUACCAACCCUGGAGUUGCUCCGUGUACAGCCACCCACCACCUUCUUUAACCCACCUAGCCUGACCAGGUGGCAGGGGAUCUAUGUGGGCAAGAUGACCUUGAGCAGCUCGGCCCGGCUGGAUGCCCUGACAGUGAACCACUAUGAGCUGCAGCUGAAGUACACAUGUGGGAGCCAAGUGACGGAGGGUCGGCUUUCUGUGAAUGUUCAGCGGGACCCUAAUCGUGACCAGUGUGCUGGUCGAUUUGCCAGCCCGGCUGGGGAAAUUAUUCAGGUUCGAGAAACUGUCACGCCUGGGACCCCGCUGUACACUCUGCUGCUCCCAGGCCAGGGAGCCCAGACGAACAUCACCAGUGCCCAGGACCCUCCGUACUUCCCUGGACCUUUCUCCAUCGAUGGGCAGGGUCAGCUGUGGGCGCCAUCCCAGGGACUCAAAGGCCAAGCUCAAAAGGUCUUCCAGCUUCAGAUCCUGGUGACCUUUGGACAAGGCCGAAGCUGCCAUGGGAUGCUGACGGUGAAAGUUUUGCCUGCUCCCUCCAGCCGGGUUUCUUUCCCGCAGCAAGCCCAGAACAUCACCAUUUCCGAAAACCUGGUUCCCGGAAGUAAGGUGGCUCAGGUCCACGCCCGGGGCUUCGACGUGCGCUACGAAAUCGUCUCCCCGAUGCCCUGCCGGCUCUUCUCCAUCGGACGCGUCGACGGCGUGGUCCGGACCACCGCGCCCCUGGAGCUGGCGCAAGCCCCGGACGCCGCGGUCACUAGGCUGCGGGUUAAGGCCUUCGAGCGACUCCGGCCGUGGGACAGCGCCGAGCUUGAUUUCCGGGUGGACGUGCAGUCGGUCAACCGCUGGCCCCCGCGCUGCCUCCCAGCGCUGCUGGUGACUCAGAUCCCCGAGACCACGCCUGUGGGCACCCGGCUGAAUACCUUCACUUGCACUGACCCGGACUCUCCUGGCUCCACCCUGGACUACCAACUGCUGUUCCACAGCCCUGCCAGCGCUUCCAGCCUCUGCCUGCGAGACAGAGUCCUGGAGGUGAAUAACACACUGGACUGUGACGCUCCGGGCGCCUGCUUGCAGCACACAGCUUCCAUCCUGGUGCUUGACAGUGGCCAGCCUCUGAUGACCACUGAGGUGCCUGUGCUGGUGAUGGUGACACCUGUCAACGAGUUCUCCCCAACCUGUGUCUCACGCACAUUCCGAGUUCGUGAGGACGCGAGGCCCCACACCCUGCUGGGCUCUGUGAUGGGCACAGACAUGGAUUACCCACAUGACAGAAUUGAGUACUCCAUCUCUGGCGGGUCCGCCCCCUUUGCUGUGGACCGUCUCAGCGGGGAGGUUCGCCUCCUGGGGCCUUUGGACUAUGAGCUGCAGAAGUCGUACAGGCUCACUGUCCUGCUGACUGACCACAGCCAAGACCAGGACCCCACCUGCCACCGUUCAGGCUCCUGCACCAUCACCAUUGAGGUUGAGGAUGUGAACGACCAUGCCCCCGAGUGUGAGCCCCCAUUUCAGGAGCUCACCAUCUACGCUCACCUGGGCCGUAGCUUGGAGGUGACCACAAUGUCGUGUCGGGUGCCCCAGGAGCCUCAGCGCCUGGCUUUCUCCUACAGAAUUGUGGGGGGGAAUAGUCAGAGCCGAUUCAGCCUGCAAGGAGCUGUCCUGGUGCACAACGACCUCACGUUGGGGGUCCCCUGGCCAGAGCAGCCCCAUACACAUGAGCUGUUGAUCCGAGUGGCCGAUGCCGGCCCCUCCAGCCCCCACCUCAGCACCACGGCCACUGUCACUGUGCAUCUAGUGCCCUGGAGGGCCAGCACAGGGGCCACCAGCACCCACAGAACCACAGUGCCUUCAAGGAUGACACCCCUGCUUGUGACAGACACGGAGGUUUUCUGGCAGCCGGAGCCCUGGUUCGUGGUGGUGCUGACAGCGACCAGUGCCCUUCUCCUCCUGGGUUUGGGUUGGCUCCUCAGCUGGCUCCUGCGGGGGCUGACCCAGGUGCUCCAGGCAUCAAGCGAACCCCCCCAGGCCCUACUUCUAAACAGUAUCCAGGGAACUAAGGGAUCUAUUGAAGGGUUCGUGGAGGCCCCGAGGAUGGAGACACCUCAGGCACCCAGCAGUGUCAUAAGCCUGCAUUUUGAUGGCAGAGCCCAGGACUCCCGUACAGGCAGAGAUUACCUGUUCAACACGCACACAGGAGCCCGGCGCUGGCUCUGAGGCCCAGGAGCUGCAUAUUUGCAGAA